AUGCUGCCAGCCACGUCCAAGCUCUGCGCCGCCAUCUCCUACCGCCACCUGCGCAACAUGACCGGUCUGAGGAGACAAGCUGCCGUGGCCAUCAGCCAGGAGCUGAGCAGGCUGGCCAGCCACAGCCCAGGACCCAGCACCUGGAUCCACCAGGUGCGCAGGAGAAGCUCCUUGCUCAGCUCAAGGCUGGAAGAGAAACCCUUCAGUGAGAUGGAAAUGUCUUACAUCAAGCAAGGAGAGGAGGCCCUGCAGAAAUCCCUCAGAAUCCUGGAGGACCAGGACGACUGGAAGACAGAGACGGUGGCGGGAAACGGGGACAAAGUGUUGAGCAAGGUGCUGCCAGACGUGGGGAAGGUGUUCCGGCUGGAGGUGGUGGUGGACCAGCCCCUGGACACGGUGUAUGGAGAGCUGGUGGACAACAUGGAGCAGAUGGGAGACUGGAACCCCAAUGUUAAAGAAGUCAGGAUCCUGGAGAAGAUUGGCAAGGACACGGUGAUCACCCACGAGAAGGCGGCCGCCACCCCCGGGAACAUCGUGGGGCCGCGGGACUUUGUGAGCGUGCGCUGCUCCAGGAGACGCGGCUCCACCUGUGUGCUGGCAGGGAUGUCCACCACCUACGGGGCCAUGCCCGAGCAGGAGGGCUUCAUAAGGGCUGAGAAUGGUCCCACCUGCAUGGUCCUGCGCCCGCUGCCUGGCAGCCCCUCCCAGACCAGGCUCACCUGGCUGCUCAGCAUUGACCUCAAGGGGUGGCUGCCCAAGAGCAUCAUCAACCAGGUCCUGUCCCAGACACAGGUGGACUUCGCCAAACACCUGCGGCAGCGCCUGGCCCGGCCGGUGCCUGCGGCCUGCUGA